GCUGGCGGCUUGACAAAGCGCUGGAUCAAGAUUUGGAGAUCUGCGUGAAGAGAAGCUUCCAAAGUUUUGCUUGCUGUGCAAAAGUUCGUUCUUUCUUCCCUCUUGUUUGAAAGAAUACUCCGCUCCUUUCAAGUUCCCGCAUUGCUGAGUUUGGGCGACAUCCAAGGGCAGAAGGUUUGACCGCUCAAAGUUCUUUGCAUCUGCGUUGUUUGUGAAAGAUGGCAACCACAGCAGCGCUUGCCGUCGGACAGCAGGUGGCGACCGGCGCCUUGUUCCGGCAGGCGGAAAGGCCUAGCAAUGCAGAAGGUGCCGCCACCCAGUCUGCAUUUGCAAAGCAGCCUCUGCAGACCUCGUCUGCAUCAGCAUUUGCCAACGGGGGUCUUAAGCUGACUCACGCUGCGCGUCCCGAGCAGAGGUCUGUGCGGGCAGUUGCGCAGAAGAUCUCUGCCGCAGUCAGCACUGCAGCGCCAGCCCAAGGCGAGCGCCAGGCCCAGAGCGCCAAGAAGGCCGUCGACACCAAGCGCACCGUCAUCAUCACGGGCGCCUCCUCCGGGCUCGGCCUCGCCACUGCCAAGAAGCUCGCUAAGUCCGGGGAGUGGCACGUAAUCCUCGCGUGCCGCGACUUUCUGAAGGCCGAAAAGGCCGCGAAAGCGGCGGGCCUGCCGAAGGACAGCUACACGACGCUCCACGUCGACCUGUCGUCGCUCGAGAGCGUGCGCCAGUUCGUGAAGCACUUCCGGGCGACCGAGCGCAAGCUGGACGUGCUGGUCGCGAACGCGGCGGUGUAUAAGCCCACGGCCAAGGAACCAGUGUUCACGGCGGAGGGCUUCGAGCUGAGCGUCGGUACAAACCAUCUGGGCCACUUUUUGCUGGUGAACCUGCUGUUGGAGGACCUGGAGAAGAACCGGGAGGCCAAGCCCCGGGUCAUCAUCGUCGGCUCCAUCACCGGAAACACUAACACCCUUGCCGGUAACGUCCCCCCCAAGGCCAACCUGGGCGACCUCAGCGGCCUCGCCGCGGGCAUCUCCGAAAAGUCCGCCUCCGUCAUGAUCGACGGCGGAGAGUUUGACGGCGCGAAGGCGUACAAAGACAGCAAGGUCUGCAACAUGCUGACUGUGCGCGAGCUGCACCGGCGAUUCCACGACAAAACCGGGAUCACGUUUUCGUCGCUUUACCCCGGGUGCAUUGCGGAGACGGGGCUGUUCCGGGAGCACUACAGCCUCUUCAAGACGCUGUUCCCGCUGUUCCAAAAGUAUGUGACGAAGGGGUACGUUUCGGAGGACACCGCCGGAGAGCGGCUCGCUCAGGUUGUGUCGGACCCGAAGCUCGGCGCGUCCGGCAACUACUGGAGCUGGAACAACGACCAGAGCUCCUUCGUGAAUGACGUCAGCGACGAGGUGGCCGACUCCACCAAGGGGCAGAAGCUGUGGGAAGUGAGCGAGAAGCUCGUCGGGUUGAAGUAGAGACCUAAAUUUUGUGACGGAAGGGCUAUAUCUCCAUACCAAGUCGAUAGAAAGUCAGUGUCAUGCGUCUAUUUUGUAUGUUACGUCAUGUGUUGAGGGAGUGUGAUGAGUGCGCGUUGAUUGAUUGAGGCGCCAUCCGGCAGACAAGUGCUGCAUGCGGAGAUACUGAUACUGUGUUGGAAAGGGACUGUCGGGAGAGCUCCGUCCCGAGCGGGAGGGCCCGGUUUGUGAUGUCUCGUAUUUGAUCUUUAAGCCACCAGAACCACGAAUUGAGAGUCCGUUCGCUGUGGCAAGUUUGACAUAGAAAAACGUUUAAGAAGCGAAGUAGUGACCCACUUCGUCAAUCAUAGUUGCUGAUAGGGAAAAUGCGGUCGACGGUAUACAGUGACUUCAAAGGUUUCUGCAUUGUUGGAUCCAAGUUUUGCAAGUGUCCCGGCGGCGGUGGGAUCGAUAUAAUGCCAGGCCCACUGCAUGCUGACAAAUGACUUGCUAUGGCUCGCGACG